UAUCUAGCAUAUAUACCCCAGUGUUUUUGGUCUAAAAAAUCACAAAAAAAACAUGGAAAUGGAUUCUCCCAAGAAUAAGAAUGAGGUUAAGAGAAUAGAAGAGACGAAUAAAUCUAUUGCUAUAAUUUUUCGAUACGCGGAUUGGUUCGAUAUUUUGCUGAUGUUGAUGGGUACUAUCGGAGCUAUCGGAGAUGGCAUGUCGACUAAUAUCUUGCUGGUUUUCGCAAGCCGCAUAAUGAAUAGCUUAGGUUAUGGUAAUAAUAAAAACCAACACAGUCAAGCAAAUUUCAUGGUUGAAGUUGAAAAGUGCAGUUUAUACUUUGUCUACUUGGGAUUAGCAGUCAUGGUGGUGGCUUUUAUGGAAGGUUAUUGUUGGAGCAAAACUAGCGAGAGACAGGUUUUAAAGAUCCGGUACAAGUAUUUAGAAGCCGUUCUUCGACAAGAAGUUGGAUUUUUUGAUUCACAAGAAGCUACUACUUCUGAAAUCAUCAAUAGCAUAUCGAAUGAUACUUCGCUUUUACAAGAACUACUUAGCGAAAAGGUGCCCAUAUUUUUGAUGCACGCAACAGUGUUCAUCUCAGGACUAUCAUUUGCGACAUAUUUAUCAUGGAGAUUAGCACUCGUCGCCUUUCCGACACUACUUCUGCUAAUAAUCCCAGGAAUGAUAUACGGAAAAUACCUAAUUUUCUUGUCCAAGAACACUCACAAAGAGUACAGCAAAGCAAACUCCAUAAUUGAGCAGGCUUUGAGCUCAAUCAAGACUGUGUAUUCAUUCACUGCAGAGAAGAAUAUUGUGGAAAAAUAUUCGGAAAUAUUGGAGAAGACAUCAAUUCUUGGAAUCAGACAAGGAAUAGGCAAAGGUUUAGCUGUGGGAAGCACUGGACUUUCUUUUGCAAUUUGGGCAUUUCUUGCUUGGUAUGGAAGUCAUUUGGUUAUGUAUAAAGGUGAAAGUGGAGGCAGGAUUUAUGCUGCUGGAAUUUCUUUCAUAUUGGGAGGAUUAUCCCUAGGAAUGGCGCUUCCCGAUUUAAAAUACUUCACAGAAGCAUCCGUCGCCGCCGCCAGAAUAUUCAACAGAAUCGACCGAGUUCCAGAAAUCGACGGCGAAGAUUCAAAAGGGCUCGAAUUAGACAAACUCCGAGGAGAAAUUGAAUUCCAACACGUCCGAUUCACAUAUCCAACUCGCUCCGAUUCAAUCAUCCUCAAAGAUUUCAAUCUGAAAGUCGAAGCAGGACAAACGGUGGCUCUAGUCGGAGCUAGUGGGAGUGGAAAAUCCACCGCUAUUGCGUUGUUGCAGAGGUUUUACGACGUUAACGGCGGAUUUGUGAAAAUGGACGGCGUUGAUAUAAGGAGAUUGAAGUUGAAAUGGAUAAGAGGGAAAAUGGGGCUUGUGAGUCAAGAACAUGCGUUAUUUGGGACGUCGAUUAAAGAGAACAUUAUGUUUGGGAAAGUUGAUGCUACCGUUGAUGAAGUUACGGCUGCUUCUGUGGCUGCUAAUGCUCAUAAUUUUAUUAGGCAGCUUCCUGACGGUUAUGAAACCAGGGUUGGAGAACGAGGAGCACUUUUAUCGGGUGGACAAAAGCAGAGAAUAGCCAUAGCUAGAGCCAUCAUUAAGAAUCCUGCAAUUCUGCUACUUGAUGAAGCCACAAGUGCUCUCGACUCGGAGUCAGAGAAAUUAGUCCAAAAUGCUCUUGAUCAAGCCUCCAUAGGAAGAACUACACUGGUGGUUGCCCACAAACUCUCUACAAUCCGAAAUGCAGACCUGAUUGCUGUUGUUAACAAUGGAUGCAUUAUCGAAAUUGGUUCACACAAUGAUCUCAUUAACAGGAAAAAUGGACAUUAUGCAAAUCUUGCAAAGUUACAGAGGCAGUUCAGCUCAGAUGACUACGAACAAAAUCCUGAAGUACGUGUUUCGUCAGUCGGACGAAGUAGUGCAGGCCGAGUAAGCACAGGAAGAUCAAGUCCAGCAAUUUUUGGUACACCGAUAUUUUUACCUGUUUCAGAUAUCCCAAAACCUGUAUCUCACCCUCCACCUUCGUUCUCUCGUCUACUUGCUCUGAAUUCACCUGAAUGGAAGCAAGGUCUAAUCGGAAGUCUGUCAGCUAUAAUCUUUGGUGCUGUGCAACCUGUUUAUGCCUUAACCAUUGGUGGCAUGAUUGCAGCAUUCUUUGCACCUACCCAUGAGGAAAUGAAAGCUCGAAUCCGAACUUAUUCACUAAUUUUUUGCUCGCUUUCCUUAGUUUCCAUCUUGGUUAAUCUUAUCCAACAUUACAAUUUUGCUUAUAUGGGUGAGAGGCUAACAAAGAGGAUCAGAUUGAGAAUGGUAGAGAAAAUCUUGAGUUUCGAGACAGCUUGGUUUGAUGAAGAGCAAAACUCUAGUGGGUCUUUAUGUUCAAGAUUGAGCAAUGAAGCUUCUAUGGUUAAAUCACUUGUAGCAGACAGAGUUUGUUUGUUAGUUCAAACAACUUCAGCAGUUACAAUAGCAAUGAUCAUGGGACUAGUCGUAGCUUGGAAGCUUGCACUUGUCAUGAUUGCGGUUCAACCUCUCGCAAUUUUAUGCUUCUACACUCGAAAAGUUUUGCUCUCUUCCAUCACAACAAACUUCGUCAAGGCUCAAAAUCAAAGUACUCAAAUCGCGGCAGAAGCUGUCAAUAAUCAUAGAAUUGUGACUUCAUUUGGAAGCAUACAGAAGGUACUCCAACUGUUUGAUGAGGCUCAAGAAGGACCAAGAAAAGAGGCAAGAAAAAGAUCGUGGCUUGCAGGAUUUGGUAUGGGUUCAGCUCAGUGCAUAACUUUCAUGUCAUGGGCUUUGGAUUUUUGGUUUGGAGGAAUUCUGGUGCAAAAAAAUGAGAUAUCAGCAGGAGAUGUUUUUAAAACAUUUUUCAUCCUUGUCAGCACUGGAAAGGUUAUAGCUGAAGCAGGAAGCAUGACUUCUGAUUUAGCCAAAGGUUCCGCUGCCGUCGCAUCUGUGUUCCAGAUUCUUGACAGGCAAUCUCUAAUCCCAAGCUCCUCUCAUGCAAAGGAUGAAGCUAACGGAACCAAGCUAGAAAAGUUAACCGGAAGGAUCGAGAUGAAGAAUGUUGAUUUUGCAUAUCCAACCCGGCCUGAGACCUUAAUACUGCGCCAGUUUUGCUUGGAAGUGAAGGCAGGAACAAGCAUCGGACUAGUAGGAAAAAGUGGGUGUGGAAAAUCGACAGUAAUCGGACUGAUUCAAAGAUUUUAUGAUGUUGACAGAGGUUCAGUAAAAGUUGAUGGAGUAGACAUGAGGGAGGUUGAUCUUCAAUGGUAUAGGAGGCACACAGCUCUUGUUAGCCAAGAACCCGUGUUAUAUUCUGGCACCAUUCGUGACAACAUUUUGUUCGGAAAGCUUGAUGCAUCUGAAAAUGAGCUAGUCGAGGCUGCAAGAGCAGCUAAUGCUCAUGAAUUUAUCUCAUCAUUGAAAGAAGGGUACGAAACAGAAUGUGGAGAAAGAGGAGUACAAUUAUCAGGAGGGCAAAAGCAAAGAAUAGCAAUAGCAAGAGCCAUUAUUCGGAACCCAACCAUUCUCUUACUAGACGAGGCAACAAGUGCAUUAGACGUGCAAUCCGAGCAAGUUGUGCAAGAAGCAUUAGACCGAACCAUGAUCGGACGAACCACAAUCGUAGUCGCUCACCGACUUAACACCAUCAAGAAGCUGGAUUCCAUUGCCUUUGUUGCUGAUGGGAAGGUGGUAGAGCGAGGAACCUAUGGUCAGCUCAAGAAUAACAGAGGUGCUUUCUUCAACUUAGCCACGCUUCAAAGUUAAACCUCCAUGUGCAAAAAAUCCUUACGUAGACUUUGUCCACCACGAAAUAUUAUUUGCUCCAUCUACGGCUAACGUGAUAAACAAAAUUCCACGCACAUGUGCUUCUUUAACUUAGCCUUUAUCACUAUCACCGAAGUAUUCUAGACUUUGUGUAAAUGAGGAUGCUAAGUGAGGACACCUAUAAAAAAAUUAUAGAGAGGUAUUUGGGGCUACUCUAAUGUUAAUUUUCAAGGCUAUAUCAGUUAUAUGUAGUAAUUACUCUCUGUGAAAUUAGAAUGAGAAGUCAUAUUUAACUGUGGAA